CUGUGUGAAAAUUAAUUGAAAUUUCCAUUAGAUAUGAGUUUUCUAGAAAAAAUAAUAGCCCGCAAAUCUUUGCUGCAUUCCUGUGAAACCACAGUUACAACUAUAUCUGGGCACAGUUACAAGGAGAAGAUUCUAGAAGAUGGAACUAUGGUGAUGACACAGCCACAAUUUGGCGCUUCUCCUGGUUAUGUUGUUGACACUAAACCAGACUUUCAGAUGGCCUUGGUGCUACCUGGACUGUACAUGGGAUCACAGGAUGUUAUACAAGAUGCUGACUUACUGCAAAAACAUUCUGUUACUCACAUUUUGAGCCUAGGUGUGAAGCCCAUAAUAAUGGAUGAAACACUCACUCACAUGUACAUUCAGCUUCUUGAUCUUCCUGAGAGUAACCUUGUAAGCAAUUUAGACCAGUGUUUCGCUUUUAUAGAUAGUGCAAUACAAACUGGAGGAUGCGUGUUUGUACACUGCAAUGCUGGUAUUUCAAGGUCGGCAUCAGUGGUUAUAGCAUAUCUCAUGAAAAAACAAGGCAUGAGCUAUCAGCAGGCAUUUCUCUACCUGAAGGAAAGAAGAACCAUGAUUAAUCCAAAUCCUGGAUUUGCCCAGCAAUUGAAAGACUAUGAAAAAAUGCUAAAGACUCUGGAUGGUGAAUAGCUGCAUUGUCUUAGUAGAAUUUGUCAAUCAUAUUCACAUGUUACAUGUUUUCUGUGCUCAUGGGAAAUGUGAGAUAUAUUCUCAAAAUUCCAACAUAACUUUUAUAUUUAAAUUAUUAAAUGGUUUAAUAUAUAACUGAGAUGAUUUGCAUGUAAGAAAUAAAGGAAAAUAACCAAGUGACAUAAGCAAAACUUAGAGUUUUAAUUGAAAGAAGCCAAAUUCUGCCUGCUGUGUUAUUUGUAGUAUAUUUCAAAGAUUGUCCCACAUUAUUUCAUUGGCAAAAGACCUUUCAAUAUAACAUAACAGUUCUGGAGGUUAUGUUUAUAUAGGUAGAAGUAAAAAUCAUAUUUCAGUUAUGUAUACAUAAUUUUAAUAUGCUUUACAAUAAAUUGUCCAUAUCUGUGA